GUUACGUUUGUUGAAGAGGUCCAACUGUUUGUGGUUGAGGGAGAGAGACGAUGGUUAGGUGAUAGUUGGGGACACAAUUUUGUUUUCAUGUUUGUUUUAUAGAGCAGCGAGAUGACCGUCAUUCCACCAAUUGGUAUACGUCUGCUACCAUCACUGAGUGGAACGAACUCAGUAAGAACUGUUAGAUAUAAGAUCUUCAUCCUGAUAUUUACUUUCCUGUGUUAUACCAGCUAUCACCUAUCCAGGAAGCCAAUUAGUGUUGUCAAGAGUGUCCUGAACAGAAACUGCUCUGUGUCCUUGAAUCAUGAAAAUCUCAUCAUCCAUGAAGGAAAUGACACCAAGUGGUGUGACUGGAAACCGUUUGACAAAGACAAUGCAAAUUCCCUCCUUGGGAGUCUUGACUUGGCAUAUUUAUUUUCCUAUGCAGUUGGAAUGUUCCUCAGUGGCCACAUAGCAGAGAGGAUGAACCUGCGGAUAUUCUUAUCCAUGGGCAUGAUAGGCAGCGGUAUCAUGACGGCCAUGUUUGGGAUGGGGUACUUCUGGCAGAUCCACUCCCUUGCGUUCUACAUAGGAGUGCAGGUGAUUGGGGGAUUAUUACAGAGUUCUGGUUGGCCCUCAGUUGUAACAUGUGUGGGGAACUGGUAUGGAAAGGGAAAGCGAGGACUGAUCAUGGGAAUCUGGAAUUCCCAUACCUCUGUGGGGAACAUCCUGGGAUCACUGAUAGCCGGGAUCUUUGUGAACUCUGUCUGGGGAUGGUCCUUCAUAGUCCCGGGGAUCAUCAUUGGAUCCUUAGGAAUCCUUGUCUUCCUGUUCAUGGUGCCAACUCCUGUUGAAGUAGGAUGCGAUUUGCCUGAUCAAACAAUCUCAACUAAGAUACAGUAUACAGAGGAGGCCUCAGAAAAGUCCGAUUUGAAUGGAGAAAGUUAUAUGGAGGAUGACCCCUUGAUAGAGUCACUUAAAAGCAUCAAUCGAAGUGCCGAAUAUGGGACAACAAAUAGCCAAACCUCAUUGGUUUCUUUGGACAAAAAAGAAAAGCCCAUAUCCAUUCUACGCGCACUUAUGAUUCCAGGAGUGGUGGAGUUUUCUCUGUGCCUUUUCUUUGCCAAACUUGUUAGUUAUACAUUCCUGUAUUGGUUACCUAAAUACAUUCAUGUCAAAGCUAAUUAUGACCCAGAGAAGGCUGCAGACAUCUCCACCCUGUUUGAUGUGGGAGGAAUUUUUGGUAUUAAAAAAGAUGAUCUGUAUAUUUAUAACCUGUAUGGCAGUAUUAGCUUAGCACACAGCAUAGGUCUCUCUAUGUUAUGUGGGUUCUUUGUUAAUGGUCCCUAUGCUCUGAUUACCACUGCCAUUAGUGCAGACUUGGGCACUCACAAAAGCCUACAGGGGAAUUCCAAAGCCUUGUCAACUGUCACUGCCAUUAUAGACGGAACAGGAAGUAUAGGAGCUGCAGUAGGCCCCCUAUUGGCUGGCGUGAUUGAAUCCUCUGGCUGGAACAAUGUCUUCUACAUGCUGAUUGGUUCUGAUGUGAUGGCUUUACUGCUUUUACUGCGCCUAUUUUACAAAGAGAUGGUUGCCCACUUUGGUAGAGGUACCGCCGUUAGCUAACCCCCGUCUCCUGUGACCUUGAACAUGACUGAUCUCAUUAAGGGGACACCCGGGCCCCCCUCUACUGUGAUAGCAGAGAUUUUUGCCAGCUUAAUUUUUCCACGUUUCCUUUUGUUUUUAGUGACAAAUUCAUUUUAUUUUCUUUCUUUUUAAUGAGAAAAAGAAAAGAAAGCUUGUAAAUUUUUUAGAAGACUUUCACAGUUAUAAGAAUUAACUUUAGUUUUCAGCACAACAAUGAUUUUUUUCUUACCGGGUACAUGUACUAUAUUGUAGAGGGAAAAUGGGUUGCAUUGAUUGAACCCAACUAAGGGAAAUAACUCUUUUAAAUGAGAUAGUUUUCUUUUUGAAAAAUAUAUUUAAUUAUUAAAUCCUGCAAUAGGUUGUACAAAUUUUUUUAGGAUUUAGAACUGAUGAAAAAAGCAUGAAAAUUUUCAAAAUGAUUUUUUUAAAAUUACUCUUUACUUGUUAAUCAAAAAAGUACUUAAGAGAUUGGGAGAAAAGAGAUUUUUUUGCUACCUUAUUGAGAGAUUUUCUUUACCUAUUCACCUCAGUUAUGGCGAUAAGACCUUUACUUACCUGUACAUAUUAAUCAUUUUCACCUCACUACUUACUUGUAUACAGUCACAAUUUUAUGUCACCUUGUGGGAUUUUCUUUUUUAUUAUUUUUACCACAAUAUUAUGGCAAUUAAUCUUAGUAAUAUAAACAUUUUAGAUUUUAUAUCACUUUUAAUAUCCCAAGUUAUUUCCUUUCUGUCUAUACACAUGUAUAUACAUGUACAUUUGUUUUACAUUUGUCAUUCAAGCUCUUUUAGCUCUUUUUAAAAAAAGAAGUGAAAGUUACAACAGGAGUUUGUUAAUUAAUUUUCUCACUUUGUCAGAAUUAAUAGCAUUAUUUAGUCAUGGUUAUAGAUACAGUUCCCAUUAUUUUGAUUCUGUGAAAAGUUUUAAAAUAUUAUGUUAAUCCAUGGAAUUUUUUUUAAAAAAUAUGUUAAAACUGAAACUUGAUUGUUUAGAUGACAUUGAUCAGUAUACUUUUCUUUUUAAAAAGACUUGAUUCUUAAAGAAAAUACUUUAUGUCAAGUACCAUUUUGUUAUGAUUUUAAAGUUGCUGCUUUUGAUAAUUUACUGUUAAAUUUUACAUUCUAGAGAUCUUUGUUUGAUAUUUAAUUUUAAUGGACACAAUUUAAAAGAUGGAAAUUAAAACUAUUAAUUUUCAUUUACAUUUGAAGAUUUCCUGUUUGUUUGUUAAGAAAAUUUGAUGAAUUUUCUAUAAUAGAAUCCUCUUUUUUUCUCUGUAAAAUAGAACAUGUUUACUCAUUGGUUCAAAAGUUGUUAAAUGUGAAUGUAUAUUAAACUAUUGUUACAACAUUGUAUUGACAGCAUUUUAUACUGAGGGAAUAUGAUGUAUGACACAUAUUAAAGAAAAUAUUGUUACAAUA